GGGGGGCGGAGGCCGCUGGGGGAGUCGUUCCACAACGAGCGGGAGGAGGAGGAGGAGGCGGUGAUGAAGAGGAGGAGGAGGGUCACGUGCCGAGGGAGAGAGGAGGGGGCGAGGUGCGGGUGGGGGGAGGAAACGCGGGGGGCACGAGGCCUGGCGACCAUCAACUCGAGUGUGUGGCACGAGUUGGGGCCUCGGGGAGCGGAGAACUCCGCGGAGUUCCAGGGCGCUCUGCUGGACGCCGCUGCCGUGGAGCUCGGCUUGAACCUCACGGCCAUGAGGGCCCCCAGCGGCUUCCCGGCCCUGCUGCCCACUCCAGAGCCGACUCCUCCUCUGCUGCUGCUGCCGGCGGAAAUGGCGGAGUUGGAGGCGCAGCUGGAGAUGGGCGCCGUGGGGCUGGGCCUGGGUACAGAGGGGCCGCUCCAUGGCCUGGACGGCCAGGUCAUGGAGCUGGGGCCCUCCCUGGGCCUGGACUCCGCGCUGGAGCUGGCGGGAGGAGACGCAGAGAAUGAGGAUGUGCGGGGGUUCGACUCCACGCCGUGGGGCGGAGACGAGAAGGAGGAGGGUGAGGAGGUGCGGGGGUUCGACUCCACGCCAUGGGGCGGAGACGAGAAGGAGGAGGCGGCGGCGCUGCAAGAGGCGCUUGGGGAAAACCGGCAGCUGAGCGCUGCACUGGAGCGGAGGGACGCUGAGGCACGGAGGCUGCGUGCCAGGAACUCGCGACUCCGCCAGCUGGCAGAGAGCGCACGGACACUGAGCGCCACGCUGGAGAAUCUGUCCCAGGAGUGGGCAGGGCUGGCUGAGUGUCCCCGGCAGCCGGAGCAAGGCCUGAGUGGCCAGGCCGUGAGUCGUGCCGAGGGCCGCAUGAGGGACCUGCUGGAGGAGGCAUCGCGCUGCGUCCUGCAGCUCGACCCCUCCUCCACCUCCUCCUCCCUCUUCCCUCCUUCCCCCUUCACCCUCUACCCCCCUCCUCCUCCUCCGCACUCCUCCUGCCUCACUCCUCCCAGGGAGCCCAAACGCCGCCGCCUCGAACGGGGGGGCGGCCCCGAGGUGGCGAGCGACCGCUCGUGCCGGCGGCUUCGCGGCAGCGACGCCCGCGCCGCCGACCGCGACGCCGCCGACGUCGCUGUCGACGCCGCGGCGAGGCGCGCGGUUGGGGGUGGCCCCCCCCCUCCCCUCUCUGCCCCCGCGCUGCACGGCCGCUUCGCGGGCUUUGUGACGACGUCGCCGCCGCGAGCGAUGCUCCGGGAGCCCGGGGGAGACGACGAGGGAGGGGGAGCGGGGGCGGCCGGGUUCCGCGCGAGCGUCCGCGAGCACGGCACGGCCAGGACGCUCGUCUUCCGGCGCGCCAUCGCGCUCGUGGCCUGGGCCGCCGCGGAGGGCCGCUACCGCUUCCGCUGGCAGCCCACGUGA